AUGGAUGAUGACGCUCUCGCAGCUAAUUUAUUUUUCCCAGCCCAGUCAUGUUUGACCUGGGCCUCCACUGCUACCCGUGUUCCGUACGUUCGGCCAGCUAAACAACACGAAGAUCACUCUCUCCAUGUAAUUCGACGACAUGUUCUCAGUAUCGUUCCCUGGAGUGAGAGCUGGUUGGCGAGUAUAUCGUGGACUGAUGGUUAAUUGGCGAAUCGGGCUAUUUUUAGCGGCUGGAGGGACGGCUUGAUUCGCUUCUAGGGCAAGCGUUGUUUGAGCUGGAGCAGUAUCGUUUGUCCUGCACAGUAACCAUGCGCGAACCAUGCCCUGUCCCUUCCUAGGCUGUCUGGAUGAGACAUGCUUCCUCCGCGUGUUUAUCAAACGUUCAUCCAACGUUCAAUCAGUUCACGAUUAGAACAAGCGUUAACUCGCCUCUUCUCUUUGAUUGGCAUUUUACAUAUCGGACCAGAGGACAACGUUUUUACGAUUGUGCAAUGUGAUGAAACGAGUUUAAAGUUGGUGUCACUGUCGCGACAGUAAUGCGAGGAAGGAACGAGGACGUCGUCUGCCCUUACGCAGGUGUACUCACGUCCAUUGCUCGA